AAAGAUGGAUAGAAAGAUGUUACAACACUUGUUCUUCUUGUACAAGUUUGUAUUGAAAUUACUAGGUUACCCUCAGGGACAGCAUUGCAAGAACAGGAGCUUGAAGUACAUGAGAUAUGAAUCUAUGGCAGAUAAGCACAGAUCAGAAGAGCUACUGAAGACUACAACUCUUGUGUUUGAAGUGGAAGGAGGGUUAUUAAGGUCAACUUCACUCUUUCCUUACUUCAUGCUAGUGGCUUUUGAAGGUGGUGGUGUUUUGAGAGGUUUGGUGUUGUUCCUAUUAUACCCUUUGGUUUGUUUGGUCAGCAGAGAAAUGGGGUUGAAGAUUAUGGUGUUUAUAUGUUUCUUUGGGGUUAAAAAGGGAAGCUUUGUGAUUGGUAGGACUGUUUUGCCCAAGUUCUUCAUGGAGGAUUUAGGGUUUGAAGGGUUUGAGGUGGUGAUGAGAUUUGGGAGGAAAGUAGGGUUGAGUGAGUUGCCUAGGGUUAUGGUUGAAGGGUUUUUGAAGGAUUAUUUGGGUGUAGAUUGUGUUUUUGGGAGAGAUUUGAAGGUGGUUUGUGGGUAUUUUGUGGGGUUGAUGGAGGAGGAGGUGCCACCAAGAUCAAGAUCAAGAUCAAGAUUCAGUUUCUUGAUGAAUGAUGUUUUUGGAGAGAGGAAAGGUGACAACAAUCUCAUUGGUUUUGGUUGCUCUAACAAGAUUCUUGAUCACCAACUUUUCUCUGAUUGCAAGGAGAUUCAGGAGAUAUACUUGGUAACUGAAGUCGAGAAAAGAAGAUGGAGAGCCCUCCCAAGAGACAAGUACCCGAAACCACUAAUUUUCCAUGACGGAAGGAUCGCGUUCAUGCCAACUUUUCCACGAACGUUAGCAAUGAUCAUGUGGGUCCCAUUCGGGUUCGGGCUCAGCCUCUUGAGGAUCAUAGUCGCGAUAUCUUUUCCUUACAUUAUGUCCAUCCCUGUGCUAUCUUUCACAGGGCUGAGAGGUAGACCAUAUAUUCCCUCUACCACUGAAAACAACCACAAAAAAGAAAAAAAAGAUCGAGGCACAUUAUACGUCUGCAACCAUAGAACAUUACUCGAUCCGAUCUAUAUCUCGUUGGCGAUAAUGAAGCCCUUGAGGGCUGUCACCUACAGUUUGAGCCCGUUAUCAGAGUUCUUAUCGCCAAUAAAAACUUCCCAUUUGAGUCGAAACAAAGAAAAAGACUCCAAGAUGAUGGAUUCGCUACUUAGCCAAGGCGAUCUUGUGGUUUGCCCCGAAGGGACUACUUGCAGGGAACCCUACGUACUUCGGUUUAGCCCGUUGUUCGCUGAAAUUAGCAACGAAAUCGUGCCCGUGGCUCUAGAUGCUGAGGUUAGUAUGUUCUAUGGGACAACUGCAAGUGGUUUAAAGUUUUUGGACCCUGUGUUUUUUCUAAUGAACCCAAUUGGGGUUUAUCAUAUCAUGAUUCUUGAGAAUUUGUUAAAUGCAAAUGCGCGUCGAGAAUCGAGUAUUGAAACCGCGAAUCGGGUUCAGAAACAGAUUGCCGAUGCAUUAGGGUUUCAGUGCACGAAUCUAACGAGAAGAGAUAAGUACAUGAUCUUGGCAGGAAACGAAGGCGCAAUUUAGGAGGCAUCAAGAAUCGACACGAAAGAUGUUUUCGCAAACUAAAAAUUAUUUUUAAAUACAAAUUAUACGAUUCUCCCGUU